AUGAACUGGUGCUCCAGGCUGCCUCGUUUUAAACAUAUCUCCCAUCGUGUGUCGAGGCUGGCCCUCUAUUCGAAAAGCCGCACGCCCCGUGAGGUGACGCAGUUGUGCCGCUGCGAGGCCCGCAAGGCGCUGGAGCUCUACCGCGCCGCCCACCGCGCUGGCGUCGGCCUCGCCUCGGCACCGCAGGACGAGUGCGAGAACAUGUUCCUGAGCAUGAUCACGGCCACCAUACGCACCGGCCAAGCGGACGAGGCGCUGGCGCUGCUGCGCGACAUGCGCCACCGCGGCCCCGGUGUCUCCGCCGCGCUAUUCGGCUCGGCCACCAAGCUGUGCACCUCGAAGCAGCUGUACUCCGAGUGCCUUAGCAUCUACACCUUCGCAAUGGAGGACCCCAGCCUGAAGGUCGAGGACAGGAGCGUCUGGAGCUGCCUCCUCUUCUGCGCCGUGGAGACGAAGUCGUUCGCGAGCUGCGGGCACUUCUGGGAGCGCCUCCGGGCCUGCGGCGACCCUUCGUGCAAGGACUACGGCAACAUGAUCCGGUACGCCUCCGCCAACGGCCUGUGGAAGCUGUCGCUGUCCCUCGUGCAGCAGAUGCGCAGGAGCGGUACCGAUGUCGACAGCGUGACGUACAACACUUGCUUGGCUACUUGUGUGGCCGCUGACCGCGUGGACGAGGCCCGCGCGCUGCUGGACGAGAUGGCGGAGGCCGGCGGCGUCUCCGACGCGAUCACCUACAACACGCUCUCGAAGGGGUACGCGAAGGCGGGACGCAUCUCGCAGGUCUUCGAGCUCUUCGAGCUGAUGAGGGCGCGCGGGGUGGAGCCAACGCAGGUCACGUACGGCAUCCUCCUUGACAGCUGCAUCAACGAGAACCAGGUCGCCAAGGCGGCGGACGUCUUCGAGCUGAUGAAGGCCAACGGCUGCGUGAUGAACACGGUGCUCUAUACGACCCUCAUCAAGGGCUUCGCUCGGGACGGCCAGGUCGACAAAGCCAUGGAGGUCUACGAGCACAUGCGCUCGGAGCGCACGGUGCCCCCCGACCUCAUCACGUUCUCGAUUUUGAUCAAGGCCAACUGCGACUCGGGCCGCUUAGACGGCGCCCUCAGGCUGAAGGAGGCGAUGGUGGGGCUGGGCCUGAAGGCCGACGAGGUCAUCUUCAACAACAUCCUGGGUGGCUGCGCCAAGGAGGCGGACGCCGAGCUCGCGAAGAGCACGUACCAGGAGAUGGUCGACAGCGGCGUAAAGCCUUCCAACGCCACCUUCUCCAUCCUCAUCCGGCUCUACGCGCAGUGCAAGUUGCUUGACGAGGCGGCGGACAUGCUCCGCCGGGAGCCGGCCAUGCGGGGCGUGGUCCCGGAGCCGCGGCUGUACUCGCAGCUGGUGCACUGCUGCCUGCGCGACCGCCACGGCAAGCGCGCCACGGACGUAUACAGGAUGAUGCUCGAGCACGCCCCCCCGACGGCCUCGGCGCACAGCGGCAUGCUCGGCAUGUGCGUGAAGCUCAACAUGCUGGACACCGCGGCCGAGAUCCUGGCCAUGGCGGCCGAGGCCGGUGGGCGGGUGGACCAGGCCGACGCCGAGCAGGUGCUGCGGGCGGCGCAGAGGAAGCGCAAGGGCCCGUGCGUGGAGGCCACCGCGGCCGCCAUGGAGGCCCUGGGCCUCAGGCCCGCAGCCGCCUGA